CCUGGCCGAAGUCAAGAAGUCACUUGAUAGCCAAAGCGAGCCUUUGAGGUGAUCAGCGCGAGAGUUAGGAAAUCAGUUAGCGUUGGCAUGCGCACUGAUCAAUUUGUUAGCGAGAGCGUGAGUCGAGCUGAGAGUCGAGAGACAGGAACUAGGAUACAUAACCGCCCGGUUAUAGAGCGAGAGCGAGUCCGGCGAUUGGGAUUUGUAUGAGAGCAAGAUGAGUUUGCGCUUCAAUCUGGCGCUGCUGCUGAUGUUCGCCCUGCUCACGCAGCUGGUCGACGGCAGGAAGAAGCUAUGCGGCGACGCACUCAACGAGGCCCUUGACCUGAUAUGUGUUGGUGGAUUUUCUCACAGAAUCAAACGCGACUUGGACCGAAGCCGCCUGGUGGCAAUGAGGCAACAGCUGGACACCGACGAGCAGCCGCUGCCACUGGGCCAGCUGAUCAAUGGCGCUGGCGUGACACGCGUGCUGAGGCGCUUUCGACGCAGGAUAACGCACAAAUGCUGCAUGAAUGGCUGCACCUACGACGACAUCCGGGAGUACUGCGCCUAGCCUAACGGAACGACGGGACCAAAGGACAUGGAAAUGGCGAUGACGAUGA